AUGCAGGUGGAAUCCAUACCUGCAUCAACUCCAUUACCUGAAGCACCGUUACCACAACCAGUAGCGCCUUCUGCAGAACCAUCAGAAAUUACUAAUGUACCGCUACCUCCAGCAUCUGAUGAUGCUGAACAACCAACAUUUCAUAUAAUGCAACCUCCACCACCUGCAAUUGUUGCAUCAAAUGAAGUAGCAAUCGCACCUGCACCACCAACCUAUACUCAAUUAAUAGCCGUACCAAUAGCUUCAGAACAAACGAUAACUCCUACGACUCCAACAAGAACAACAAUAAAACAAACAAAACGAGGUUCUCGAUCUUCUCAUAACAAUAAACAAAUAAGUCGAUCACCAGCAAAACCAGCAACAUUACUUGCACGACCAAGUACUGGAAAAACAUCAACGAUUUUACCUCAACCACAAAAAACUGUUUUACUUGGUAAUCCAAUGGCACCACUUAUUCCAAAACCUGUACCAGCAACAAGUAAUAUAUAUAUAACCAGUAAAGAAAUAACAAAAUGUCUUCUGUUUUUUCAUUUUCUUUAUGCAGAUGUUCCAGUUGUUAAACCAUCUACAACUAAUCAAUCUCAGGGUUUUACUACUUAUUUAGUUGUUGAUGGAAAUCAAGGUCAACUUGUACAAGUUGCUAAUGAUGGUCAAAAACCUAUUACAUUUCGUAAUCAAUCUGGUCAAAUUCUGCAAGCAACACCUAUCACUGUUGUUUCAGCAGCUAAUCAACCUGUUAUACCAACAUUUCAUACGAAUGGAGAUUCUUCUAUAUUGUCCAAUGCUCCACAAAUAAACACUUUUCAACAACAACCUGCUGUUACUCCUCUUGCAACACAACAGUCACAUCAAAAUUCUUCACAAACAGUAACUACUGUUCGUACAAGUUCAACAAUUGAUAUGCAACGAACGACUUUAACAAGUGAUACAACAACAAUGACAACACAACAAUUAACAGGUAUUACACAAUUACCUGCAACAGCAUCUUUAAUUAAUGGUUGUAACAUUGUAACACAUCAACCAUCACUUCUACAACCAAAUUCAAUACUUCCAACAUCGAUAUUAAAUGGAAAUACUAUACAAUCACACGGAAGAGAUUUAUCACCAGUACAUAAUGAAAAUGAUUCAUCAUUAGAUGACACAUCUGCUUUUGAUGGUUCAACAACACCAGAUCCGGGUCUUUCGCUUUCACUUUCACAAAUAGCACGUAAGGCUAAUCAUCGUCAUAGACGUUCAAGCAGCUCAAGUUUAUCUAAGAAGAAACGUGGACGACCACGAUUAUAUGAACGUGAUCCGUUUACUAACAAACCAAUAAAAAGUCGUCCAAUGCCUGAAGGUACAGAAUUAACUAUACCGAAUGUAACAGCAACUACAACAACAUUACUAAUACCUGGACAAACAACAGCAACAACAACAUUUAAUAAUAUACAUCCACAUACAAAUGGUGGUACAUCAUUAAUUUUUCCAAGUCAACCAAUUAGUCAUACAACUACAAUUCCUGUAAAUAAUCCAUCAUUGUUACAACAACAACAACAACAGCAACAGCAAUAUUCUUAUCCAUCUUUGCUCAAUGGCAAUGCAUCGUCGACAAACAUGCUUGCUGCACCAACUUUAAAUAUUUUCUCCGUUAAUAAUAAUAACAAUAAUAAUACUAGUUCAUGUACAUCAUCAUCAUAUUCUUAUACAUCUCAACCAACAACAAUUCUUCCUCCACCACCACCACCAGUACCAUCAUCGACCAAUACUAUUUCUCGUUCAUUUAUUCCACCAAUGACUCAAACUAUUGAAAAUCAAGCAACAAUUCCAUUGAAAAAUUUACAAAUUUCAUCAACAUCAUCGCCAACGACAAGUUCUCCUCGUUCAUCAACUGUUGCUUCAUCAUCAACAACUACAGUACCUAAUGUUGUCCAAUUGAAUCCUUCACCCAUAAAAUCUCUUAAUCAUUCACAAAACAAUGAUAUUGUUGUUCAUUAUAUUGGUGGUUUUGUUAUUCGUGAAAGUAGUCAUCCAUUUCCAAUCGAUGAUAAUAAUGAUGAUUCAAAAGAAUUAAAUAAUUCACAUGGAAAAGAAAAAGAAAAUCAUAGUUUUAAUGAUAGUAAUAGUGAUCUUGGUUCUGAUCAACUUCGAUGUAUUCUAUGUAAAAAAGUUGAUUUUUCAGAACGAUUUUAUAGUCAAGAAAAAAAAUUUUGUUCUAAAUCAUGUUCAGCAAAAUCAUCGAAAAUAAUGAAAACAUCAAAUGGAAAAAAUCUUGAUCAUAUAAAAACUCCACCAAUUAAUGAACCAAUAAGAAUUAUUGAAAAUUCAAUGCCACAACCAUCAAUUGAAACAAAUAUUGAUGAACAAAUAUCAUUACCGCCUGAUCAUGGCUUACCAGCUGAUCCAAGUAAAUGGACUGUGGUUCAAGUGGGUGAAUUUAUUGCACGUUUAACAAAUAAUACUAUACGUGAAGCUUUUUAUGAAAGUGAAAUGGACGGUCAAGCAUUAUUAUUAAUGACACAAGAGCAUUUACGAGAUACAAUGAAAAUAAAAUUAGGCCCUUCAUUAAUAAUAUCAAGUGAAAUAGCAAAAUUACGCGAACGUGCAAGAACAUUUUCGUCGUAA